AUGAAACAGAAGCAGGGUCGUCUGGUUCCAGAGUCGAGUGACGAACGUUUGCUUCCCUCAAAUCUUGCUGGAACUUUCACUGUGGCGGGGAAGAACUUGGAACACUUGAAGAUUCCUCUCACUCAUAUUCAGUCAGCAACCCAUAAUUUCUCAACCAAAUACAGAAUUGCAUAUUUCGUGGAUGGAGCUGCUUUCUACAGAGCAGAACUCCAACAUUAUGAUAAAGAGAAUCCAUCAACCAAGAGACAGAAUACUGUACUUAUCAAUCGCUACCCUUCUAGAAGUAAGAUUUUUGGAGAAAAAGAGUUUCUCACAGAUAUAGAAAUUCUUUCCAGUGGAGUUAAGCAUCCCAACAUAGUCACUUUGCUUGGAUUUUGUCUUGAAGCUUCUGAGAUGAUCCUUAUCAUUGAAGAUUUUUCUAAUGAAUUCCUUGAUGAUUAUUUGGGGAACCUCAAAGACAAACGUGUUUUGACUUGGGAAAAACGUUUGAAAAUCUGCAUUGAUGUUGCACACGCAUUAAGGUACAUUCACUAUGAGAUGGAAGACCAAAAGAUGAUGAUAAACCUUGAUAUAUGCAGCUACAACAUUGGGUUGGAUGAGAACUGGGGGGCAAAGAUUGUUCACUUCUGGUGGUCUGUAUUCAUGCCUCCAAAUCAAGAAGACAAAGCUCUCUAUCUCGACUACAUUGGUAGACCAAGAUACACAGAUCCAGAAUAUAUGAAAACUAAUAAGGUUAGCCAAUGA